AUGAAUCGCGAAUCGCCAUCGCUUCAGCUUUCGUCGUUAUUGAAAUUGUUUGCCGUCACAUCGUUGCUGCUAAUCAUAGGAAUCUACACCACAGAGAAGAAGAGCUCAAUCAAUGGCGAAAACAUGAUUGUCUCUCCGAUCACUCAUCGCAAGCUGCUGAUUACUGGAGAGGGGAGAGAAAAUGGCGUGGAGCCAAACAGGAUAUGGAGCGACAAAUGCUCGAAAUCGGACGUAAUGAUAAUCCAAGGUGCGACGCCGCCGCUGCCGAACGGGAUUCCGACGUACACGGUGGAGAUCAGCAACACCUGCGUCUCCGGCUGCGACAUUUCCGCCAUCCACGUCAGCUGCGGCUGGUUCAGCUCCGCCCGCCUUGUCAACCCGCACGUCUUCAAACGGCUCCGUUUCGACGACUGCUUACUUAACGACGGGAAGCCGCUCCGUAACGGCCGGACCCUCUCUUUUCAGUACGCCAACACCUUCCGUUACGCCCUCUCCGUCUCCUCCGUUAGCUGCUGAUAUAUAUUGAGAAACUGGUUUUUUUUUUGGUGAGAAUUGUAAAUGGGAUUUUGUUUAGUUCAAGAAGGAUUAGUUUUUUUGAGAUAUUGAGGAUUUUUAGCUGAUUUUG